GUAUCCCUUUAAUACCACUUGGAACGAAUCGCCUGAGCAUUAUGGUAGCGUCAGGAAUUUUGUUGUGCGCAUUACCGUAAUGACCGGAUUCAGCCAGAAGUAACGGAUCACAGAUCACUGCUUUGUUUCGCCUCAGACAAAGCUAGAGGAUAGAGCGAAAAAUGGAGGGCUUUUGGAUGUGGAGGGUUUUAAUACUGUUGCUAGUUUGUGUUUUAUGUUUGGUUGAUGCAGGAGGCAAAGAGUGGAAGAAAAUUAGAGAAAAUAUAUCCAAUGCUGUUAAAGGGUACGCUCCGUGCAACCCUGCCAACUGUAGCUGCCAUCUAAGUGUCUUACAGCAUGACUUGCAGCCCUUUAAAGGGGGAAUCUCUGAGGACGUCAUGGCUGCAACCAUCCAGAGAGGGGUGGGCACCCACUAUCAGAUCAUUGGUCACAAGUUGUUCAGAGAACACAACUGUAUGUUCCCUGCCAGGUGCAGCGGGGUGGAGCAUUUCAUCCUGGAGGUGAUCGAUAAGUUACCAGACCUGGAGAUGGUGGUUAAUGUCAGGGAUUACCCUCAGGUCCCCAGCUGGAUUCAGCCAACCUUGCCUGUCUUCUCUUUCAGUAAGACCUCAGACUACCAGGACAUCAUGUACCCUGCGUGGACAUUUUGGGAGGGCGGGCCCGCUGUGUGGCCCAUAUACCCCACUGGACUGGGGAGAUGGGAUCUGAUGAGGGAGGACCUUAAAAAGUCUGCAGCACAGUGGCCCUGGAAGAAGAAAGAGUCGAAAGGAUUCUUCAGAGGCUCACGGACCAGUCCAGAGCGAGACCCUCUGAUCCUUCUGUCGAGAGAAGCUCCGGAGCUGGUGGAUGCAGAGUACACAAAGAACCAGGCCUGGAAGUCUGAGAGGGACACACUGGGGAGACCCCCAGCCAAAGAAAUCCCAUUGGUUGAUCACUGCAAAUACAAGUAUCUAUUCAACUUCCGUGGUGUGGCAGCCAGCUUCCGCUUCAAACAUCUCUUCCUCUGUGGUUCUCUGGUGUUCCACGUUGGGGACGAGUGGCAGGAGUAUUUUUACCCUCAGCUCAAGCCCUGGGUCCACUACAUCCCAGUCAAGCAGGAUCUCUCUGAUGUCAGGCAGCUUCUGCAGUUUGUCAAAGAGAAUGAUGCCAUUGCACAGGAGAUCGCCAUGAGGGGUAAGGAAUUCAUCCUCGACCACCUGCGGAUACAAGAUGUUUCCUGCUACUGGGAGAGACUCCUCACUGAGUUCAGCCAUCUCCUGACCUACAAACCUAAAAGAAGGAACAGCUACAACCAGAUUGUCCACAGACCCAGCAAGACGGAGCUAUAAGAGGCUCUGUGGGACCAGAGCAGUUGUAGUGAAGGGAAACUCUUGAUAAUGAAUGUAAUUAUUCCACCACCACAACAGUUUUUUUUCUAAACAAAUGUAAAGUCUAUAACUUUGACCAGUUACUUUUCACAUGCGUUUCUAAUGAAUUCAGUGUUUCAUUGUAA